AUGUUCAACAUCAACGGACAUGGGCAGCCAUACGGGGACAUGCCCUACCAGAUGGGCCAGUCCGACAUGCAACAACAACUCCAGGCAGGCCCAUCACAGCAGCAGCAGCAACAACCUCAACCUCCAGGCCGCCCACAGGAUGCCAUCGACAUGAUGCUUCGAGCUGGUGCAGCCACAGCUGGUGCAUCCGGCCCCGCAGGCAGUGCAGACUUUGCUGGCUUCCCGCCAUGGUUCCCCUCACAAGACGGCGGUGCGGCGAGACAGCCAAUGGCGCCGAUGGGAAUGUCCGCCGCUAGCGAUCCGCCGCAGAUCUUCUCCGCCGUCGUGGGCAACAACAACAACAACAACGGCAGCAGCAGCAGCAACGCAGAGGCCUCAGGGAGCAAGAAGAAGAAGCGCAGGGCCGAUGGCGAGAGCCCGACCGUCGAAGAGAAGCGCACCAAGACCGGACGAGCGUGUGACGCCUGUCGCUCCAAGAAGAUUCGUUGCGACAUUCUCGCUGCCGAGGCCGCAGGUGGCUCGGCCCAGCAGAUCUGCGCCCACUGCAAGCAGUACAACAUCGAGUGCACCUUCUUCCUGCCCAUCACCGAGACGCGCUUCAGGAAGCGACGACAGGCCGCCGAGGAAGCUGCAUCGCCGGCGACGGCCAAAACUGAGAAUGGCAGCGCCCAGGUGGCCAAUGGUGAUGCCCGACCUCCGGGCGCCGGACCAACCUCAAUUCCAUUCCUCCUCCACAACGCCAUCCCGACUCGCUCGUUUGAACAAUACGACAUUGCCAACCACGCCCACUGGGAGGUGUCCGAGGACGAAACCGGGCAGAUUCGCGUCGAGGCAAACCAUGACAGCGGGGACAGCGACGGAACACGCGCGGCUCGUCUCGACAAGUAUGUGCUCCCGGGCAACGUCAUGUCCCAACUGGUCAACAAGUACUUUGACACACAACUCAAGUGGCUGCCCAUUAUCUCGCGUGCCGAAUUCCUUGCGUCCUCAACCCCACACCCGCUCGUCCUGUACGCCAUUUGCGCGGUCGCCUCCACCAGCCGCGAUGUCCCACGACAUGUUUUCAACCGCCUGCGUGGUCUCAUCAACGGUCUCCUUCGCUCAAACGAAAUUCUCAGCCACGCGCGACUGGAGCAUGUACAGGCGCUGCUUCUCAUCUCAGAGACUGGCGAACUGCACGCCCAGCCUGCCGCACCGACAGCCAGCGCUGCCCUCAUGCGAACCACUGCCGCCAUCCGCAUGGCCCAGGACCUCGGCCUCCACCGUGAACCCAAGACCAAACCACAGACCCCGGCCGAGCUCAUGCUCAUCGAGGCCAAGCGGAGGACCUGGGCUGCAUGUGUCUUCACCGACCGCUGGUACAGCUGUGCGCUUGGUAUCCCACAAAUGAUCGAUGUGCUGGAUUGCGACGUGCUCUUGCCCUCCACUCGCAACAUUGUGCCCGGCGUAGACCCCAAGGAAUGGACAGAGAACCCCAGCUACGCCUGCCUAAACGUCAACCUGCAGCUGUCGCUCCUGACCGGACGUAUUCUCAAGAUGAUUUACGCCCCCAGUGGCCUCUCGCAUACGACCGAUGAGCAGAUUGAGACCCUCAACAAGGAGCUGAAUGCGUUCCACAAGGACCUGCGGGACGACUUCAAGUUCCAUGGGCCCGACACAAACCUGUUUGGUGGCAUGGUCCACCUGCAGUACUGCGCCAGCUUGUUCCUCUUCUACCGCGGAUUCAUGCGCGUCACCCACCCUCCUCCGGCGCAUAUCAAGUUUACAAUCGAUCCGGCGUCCUGGCACAACCUCGUCCAGUGGUCGCGCGAGGCUAUUGUCUGGCUCAACGCCCACGACACGUUGCUCGACACAUUCUUCAUCUUCCCAUACUCGGCCACCUCGGCCGCGCUUGUGCAGUACCACACGUGGUCGCGCAAGCGCGACCCCAGCGCCCUCGAGACGCUCAAGCUCGUCCGCGACGUUGUCCAGCGGUGGGAGGCCGCGCUCAAGCCCGACCAGAUGAGUAUCCGCCGCAAGACGUGCGAGACCAUGAUCCUCCUUUACGAGGCGGCGCUCAAGACCAACCCGGACGCGGACGACCGCACCGAGCGCUCAGAGGGCACCCCCGUCUCGGCUGCGGGAUCCACGGGCUCCAAGACGGACAACCCGGCCCUCCGCCGCGUCCUCCUCAACAACAUCCCCAUGGAGGGCGACGGCACCCAAAACGCAGAGUACUCGCACGCACCAGACACCAACGCCAGCGUGGCGGUCUUUGACGAGCAGGGCGAGUUUGACAUUUCGUUCCUCGACUCGAUCCCAGAGUCCAACUUUGACUGGUCCGGAUGGGGCAACUACUUUGACACGGUGGAUAAAAUGUUCCCCGGCGCCGCAUGUGGAGAGGCAGCCGAGGACAAGUGA